GGAGACCGGGACGCGCAGCCUGGUGAUGGCGGAGGAGUGGAACCAGGACAGCGGGGAGGCGGUAUACAGAUCCCGGGAUCCGGUGAACAACCUGAAGAUCAGGGUGCUCCUUGAGCGGGUGUCACCGGUCAGUGCUCUGAUCCAGCGGGUGCAGGAGGAAGAGGAGGAGGGAGGCAAAGGAGACAUUGCAUUGCGGACACUGAGCUCCACCGUCGGCACUGGUGGACAUCAACGUGGCGAUGAAGAAGAAAUUUUGAUUUCCUGGCAAGAGAAACUUUUUAGUGAGUUUGAAUAUGAGCUCUAUAAAAAUGAGGCUGCUUGCCGUACUCCUCUGGAUCGUCAGUACCACCAGGACAUACUGUCUAUGGAACGCGGUGGCGGGCGAAAGAACAGACGUAUCUUUACCUAUACAGAUUAUGAUCGAUACACCAACCUAGAAGAGCAUGCUCAGUCAGUAACCACCUCUGAAAAAGAGACCCCCACAUUCUUAGCGGAACGAAUGGCCAAUGUGCGGAGACGUCGGCAAGACAAAAGACAAUUGGAUGGAGCGGGCAUACGUAAUCGUCUUGUUGUAUUGGAUCCUUCAGAAGAGUUUACCAAAACUAACCACAUAAUAAACACUCCAGUACAGACUAUGUACAUCAUGGCAGAUCUUGGCCCCAGGGGAAAACUGGGAUUCAAGGAAAAUGAACAUGUCCUUUGUACUAUACGUGUAGAUGGUAAUGGAGUCAUCACACUGAAGCCUGAUGUCAAUGGAACAAAAGGCUCCUAUAGGUUGGAAGUGGAGAGUCAGAAGCGUGAGCUAUGGAGAUAUUCUCUUCAUCAUGUUUCAGAAUCCAUUCAGAGGGAGGAGCAAGAACGGGAAGAGGCACUAUACAAAGAUCUCUAUGGAAGGCAUAAAGAAUAUCUGAACAGUCUUGUGGGCUCAGAUUUUGAAAUGCCACCAGCUGGAACGCUGAGAGUUCUCAUCAAUGGGGAGAUUAUGUCUGCUCAGGAGUAUGAAUGUGACAAUCUUUAUGUGCAUUUCUUCUUGGAACUGCCAAAACAUUGGUCCAGUCCUGCUUUCCAGGAUCUCUCUGGAGUGACCCAAAGCUCUACUUCUAAAACUUUAGGAUGGGAUAAUGUGGCCUAUUUCUGUUACCCGUUCAGCUUUGAGAUUUUCCUCUCUGAGGAGGUGGACGCUGAAGAGGUGCCGCAGUGGCCAGUUGUUUACUUUGAAGUCCUCUCUCUGGACUUUUGGCAAAGGUAUCGAGUUGAAGGAUAUGGAUCUGUUGUCCUGCCACAUACUCCAGGAAUGCAUGAGAUUGCUGCACAAACAUGGCUGCCUGUAGAACUUGGAACAGUGUCUGAGCUUAGAAGGUUUUUCAUUGGGGGAUCCCCAGAAUUGGAAGAUUUAACUUAUGCCAGGACACCUGGGACAUUCCAGGGAGAGCGGCUGAGUCGCUUUGGAUUCAGAACAGAGACAACUGGCAAGGUGACAUUUCGCUUUCACUCUAUACACCAGUCAAGGGCCUUCCUCGACAGCAGUUCUCUAAGGAGAAGAAUGCAAAGCGUGUUGGAUCGCCUGGGAGGCUCCAGUCAGCAAAGCUCUAUUCUCAAUGUCCUUGAUGCUUUCCAGAGAGCUCGCCGACGAAUGCAGCUGGCUAGAGAGAGCCUUCCAAAGGCAAUUUUGACCACUUCAAAGACAUCACUUGAGCAGUCAACGGCCUAAAACCACUGUUUGUAAUAGCAGUUGCAGCCUACGGACAAGCUUUGAAAUGUGUACAUAUUAUAAAUAUAAAAAUUAUUGCACCUUACAUUUUGUACUGCUAUCCUAAAUAUAUAUAUAAAGUGUUUUUGUAUG